UGACGUGCAAGAGUCUUCAACUUCCUCCACCUUCCUUUUCCUGUGAUUAUUCAACAACUUGCCCGCAGUAUUUUCGAUUUAAGAAGGUUCUACGGCCUUGUGUGAAGAAAAUACACGAUGGCAGUGAGGCUACUAUCUAAACUGAAGGUUAUCCCAGAGUUGGGAGGUGCCGCGUAUUCGAGCUCGGCCGCAGCACCUGCUACUGUGUCGGACUUCGAUAUCCAGCACAAAACACCAGUUAUCAGGAAACAGUCCCACAUUCCGAAGGCUCACUAUGGAGGAAGACACGCUGUUACCAUGCUUCCAGGUGGUGGUAUCGGUCCGGAGUGCAUGGGUUACGUCAGAGACAUAUUCAAAUACAUUGGAGCCCCAGUAGACUUCGAAGUGGUGGAUAUCGACCCUAAUGUGGAUAAUGAUGAGGACGUGCAGUAUGCCAUCACCACCAUCAAGAGGAACGGUGUUGGACUUAAGGGCAACAUUGAGACGAAGAGUGAAGCGGCGUACGUAACGUCACGUAACGUUGCUCUCCGAAAUGAAUUGGACAUGUACGCUUACGUCAUGCACUGCAAAUCCUACCCCGGACUCACCACGAGGCAUAAGGACAUUGAUGUCGCUAUUAUCAGACAGAACACAGAAGGAGAAUACGCCAUGUUGGAGCACGAGUCUGUAGCUGGCGUGAUUGAGUCCAUGAAGGUGGUGACCGCCAGCAACUCCGAGAGGGUGGCCAGGUUCGCCUUCGAGUACGCCAAGAAGAACGGACGGAAGAAGGUGACAACGGUCCACAAAGCGAACAUUAUGAAGAUCUCCGAUGGCCUGUUCUUAGAGACAUCCCGCCGUCUCGCCAAGGAGUACCCGGAGCUCGAACAUAAUGACAUGAUCAUCGAUAACUGCUGCAUGCAGCUUGUAGCCAAGCCUCACCAGUUCGACGUGAUGCUGAUGACCAACCUGUACGGCUCCAUAGUGUCCAACGUGGUGUGCGGGCUGCUGGGCGGAGCCGGACUGUUGUCUGGAAGAAACUACGGCGAACACUACGCAGUCUUCGAGCCCGGCACUAGGAACACAGGCACGGCGAUAGCCGGGAAGAACGUCGCGAACCCGAUCGCCAUGAUCAACGCGUCCGUGGACAUGCUCGAGCACCUCGGACACCACUUCCACGCGGACCUCAUCCGCGGCGCCGUCACCAAGACCAUCAACGUGGACCGCAUCUACACCCCGGACGUGGGGGGUACCGCCUCCAGCACGGACGUGGUCAAAGCCAUCAUAGGUAACAUAGGACAGGGGCUGGGACACUUCUAG